UUUGUUUGGAGAACCAUAAUUACUUUAGCGCGCAUUGUCCCUUAUCAGCUCCCGUAGGUUUGCUAACAGUUCGAGUUCAUCUAAUGCAUUGUGGUGGGACUUUGGGCUCCACAGCUCCGGUUAACGCCAGCAUGUACUGCACCAGACGCUGCCUCCGGACCGCGUUGCGGGCCGCCGCGAACGUUCACCGUCAUGUGUUUUUCAGGCACCACCUUCAGCAGCAGGCACCGGCUCUGUGUUCUGUCCGGCUUCUGAAAACCAGUUCGACCGCCUUUUCAGAAGCCUUAGCCACGCCCGCUCUAGACGGAGCGCCCAAAGAGUACUCUCCAAAAAUCCAACAGCUGGUCAGCGACAUCGCCAGCCUCACCUUGCUAGAGGUGUCAGACCUCAACGAGCUCCUCAAGAAAACUCUGAAUAUUCAAGAUGUUGGAAUGAUGCCGAUGGGGGCAAUGGGUGCAUCUGCUGUCCCUGCAGCUCAGGCCGCAGAAGAGGAGGAGGCGCCGGUAAAGAUGGAAAAGACUCAAUUCACAGUAAAACUGACAGAGUUGAAAGCAGCUGAAAAAGUAAAGCUUAUAAAGGAAGUGAAGAACUGCAUACAAGGCUUGAAUCUGGUGCAGGCUAAGAAGCUGGUGGAGUCCCUUCCCCAGGAAAUCCGGGCGAAUGUGUCCAAAGACGAAGCAGAAAAACUCAAAGCGGCUCUGGAAGCAGCAGGUGGCACUGUGGUGCUGGAGUAAAGCCGUGGAACCACUCGCCCCGUUUACUCUGGAGUUCUGUUGUUCGUGCACUUCAUCCUUCAUGUAUAUAUGUUUUCUUUUGUUUUUUUUGUUGUUUUUUUUAACUCAAAAA